AUCUAGUAAUUACCUCAGCAGAUUUAGCAAAAGAUUGUAGCGUUUUGUGUUACACGUGUAUUUUGGGAACCAAAUAUAUAUUUUUGUACCUGUAAAACGUGUUCAACAUGUUGUCGAGCAAUGUGAAUUGACAGAUGGUGAAAGCUUGCACAACAAUUCGGAGAGUUUCUUGGUUGGAAGUGGUUUACCAUUUGUAUAUUUUGGAAUAAUAUAGUUUUAUAUGAUAUGGAGAAAGAGGAACUAUUACCUUACCAUUGUUGAUAAACGGUUGGUCUCCGGUAUAUAUAAGACGGCCAAGCUACGUAGUCUAUGCCAACUAAGUUCGAACGGUCGGACAACCUAAUAAGAUGUCUUCAGAAACACUGUCUCAAGUCAACGGGACUGUUUUUUAUGGACGAAUCAAUACGACAGGAGAUGGUGUGAAUAGUACGCCUACUGUUGAUGUUUACGAGGAGCCACACGAAAACGUGGAAGCCAUUCUGGUGCCUAUUCUCUUCGCUAUAAUAUUCCUUAUUGGCGUCGUGGGAAACGUCACUCUCAUCUUUACGGUGUUGAAAAACAAGUCUUUGCGGAAUACUCCUAACAUUUUUGUAGUCAGUUUAUCAAUUGGUGAUUUACUGUUAUUAUUGUGUUCUGUGCCGUUUUCGUCCACGCUUUUCACGUGUUUCUCUUGGCCUUUUGGGCGAUUUCUGUGUAAAUUUAACGAAUACAUGCAAACACUUUCUCUUGGUGUCUCGGUAUUUACACUAACUGCCCUAAGUGGUGACCGGUAUAUUGCCAUUGUUCACCCCAUGAGUAAGCACACGGGAAAACCUACGCUUAUAACCGUAGUAACUGUGGUUGGAAUUUGGAUUCUUUCCGCCGCUCUCGCAAUACCGGAGGCAGUUACAUCAAACGUACUAUAUUUUGAAGGAGGAGCCCAAAUGGAUAAUGAAAACACCACAAUCGUACCAGUAACUAUCGCGAUUUGUAAAAUAUAUCCGGAAGACAGCUUGCCAGUGUGGUACAGCAAGGCACACUCCAUGUACAGAUUUAUAGUGUUCUUUGUUAUACCUCUUCUCGUCAUCGCAAUGUUCUACGUCAUGAUGGCGAGAAUCCUGGUAAUCAGUAGUAAGGCAUUGCCCUGUGAAUCCGUAAAAGGAUCAGCGAUGAAUCAACAGCAAAAAAGGCAGAUUCAAGCGCGUUUGAAGGUGGCCAAAGUAGUUCUUUCCUUUGUCGCCAUCUUUGCUGUAUGCUGGCUACCACGUCACAUAUCGAUCCUAGCUGGACAUUUCGCAGAUCCGGAGUACAAUAUGUCUUGGCAUGUUCUUAAAAUAACAUCAUUUUGCUUGACUUAUAUCUACUCAUGCGUGAAUCCAUACGCGCUCUACUUUCUAAGCAGUCAGUUUAGGAAGUAUUACAACCGCUACUUGUUCUGUUGCUGCCCUAAGGGCUCUUAUAUAGGUUUAGCGGGCGGGGAACAUUCGGCUAUGUACAAUUUUAAAAGCACUAUGCGGCGGGGUAGCAUGACUUGUACGGGCGUGGUGCAUUCGCAGUCUAUUUUCUAAGACUGUCAGUGGUGACAUAUAAAUAAACAUUUAUAGCUAUAACACAAAAAGUAUAUAGUUCUCACCCUUCCAUAUUUUUUCUCAUCUGAUCUUAGCGUAAAAACGAUCAAAAUUAUUUUGCUGACGCAUCAUCUUAUGAUUGAAACAUAACUUUUUACGAAAACCUAAUUCUAAAAGCUUUUUGAAUAGCCCAUUCGAAAUCGUUUUAUUCAGUAUUAAUCAGCAAUACUGUAUAUAACUAUUGUGAACAACAUGGGACUUAGUUAAUGUAAGCCUUUCUAUAGCAGAACGAUAAUUUACCACUGCAACUGUAUUUUAUUUCGGAUAUGUUAUCAUUAGAGAUUUCAAUGUCAUAUCAAUAAAUGGUUAAUAUAAACGUCACGCUUAGACAUAUUUUUCUUAGUAAUAAAUUAUAUAUCUCAUGCAAAAAUUAUUUCAGUGUAAAUAUAACAAUAUGUGUAGUCGCAAUAUUAUGUAUGGUGGUGAUUUAUUUAUAAUUGUUCGUACUAUUGUGUCAAAAUAUAUCGAGAGAAAACGGGACGAUAUGAAUGCAUUUUUGUAGUAAUGCUUUAACAAAAGGGACAAUAUAUUGACAUAAUCUUAAAUAAGCACGCUCCUGGGAACUAAUGUUCAUUCGAUAUCUUGUUCUUUUGCUUCGUAAACUAAUUGAAAUAAUUAACUUUUCUGGCAAAAGCAAUAGCGAUAUAAGGCCACAAGUACAGAGUUAUUCGUUAUUGUUGAAUUACACAAAGUUAAAUGCAAGUAUGGCUAAUGAAUAUCGUAUAAUAGCGUAUACCUUUUAGUACAAAUACUUGCUAAUAGGUGUCUCAAAUCUUUACCAGAAACCAACACGUUCGUUCAAGUCGCACAUUUCUGGUAUGCAUAGUGCAUUAAUUAAUGGUACCUAAAAGUUUAAUCAAGAAAGACAAAAACGGUACCCGAAAUAUAUGUACUCAAUAUACACUGUUUGUCCUGAAUUAAAUGUUUAACUUCAUGUUCAGACAUACGCUAAUGUGUAAAUUUCUUUGUAAGGUGUUAUAACCUUAUAGAAACACUGGCGCAAAAAGGGUAUAUUUAGGGAAUUAAGAAAGGACAUCGUAUUGAAAGGUCACGUAACAAUCAGCGGUUAUUCCCAGUCACAAGUUCGUCGAAAUCAUGUGUAGACACCGUAUGUGAAUGCUUGAAAAGUGUUGCUUCAUUCAAUUUGUGUUAUUUUUUUAAGAAAUGAAAUCUGUGCCAUUGUUGCUAAUAGUUUUAUUGUGGUGAAUUUGUAUUAUGUCAUAUAUUAUGGACUGUAGAAAUGAGUUAUUUAAAAAAAUACUUACCUAUAAUAAAGACCUUUUCUGCAAUAGUGUUAUAGCGCUGUUGUGAAUGUUCAUAAAAUCGUUUGCCAUUUCCAAAUUCUAUUGGUUCGAAACGUGAUUACAUUGCUUUGAAUUGAAGGCAAACCUAUCAAGUAUCAUGUUUUGUAUAUUAUGUACUGAUCUAUUAAACAAAAUAGCUUAAAUAUGUUACACUUGCAUGUGUUGCAGAAACACCUUAUUAUAAAUUGUUAUUUGUUGAAACGAAAGAAUGUAGGCAUGUAUAUAUAUUUAAAAAAAGACAUGAACAUGUAUAUAGCUAAUUUAACUGUUGUAAAGUUAUUAGAAAUGUUGUGAAAGCAAGAUGAGAACAUAAAGUACACGAAUGAGCAUGCUGUUUGUAUGUCAAAUGCCGCUUUAUCUAAGUUUGCUUUGAACGUAUGAAUGGAAGUGUAUUUAUGUCCAUAUACAAAACAAUGUAGAGGAAAAAAUGCAUAUGAUAUCGUAACAAAAACAACUGGCCGAUUGUUCGGAACGUUGUUAAAAUCAAAAACUUUGUUUACAUUAUUGUUGUUAACUCUCAAAUCUUUACUUCUCUUGAAUCUGUAUGAUACACAUGUAAUCUGCUGUAUUUCUAACAAGAUGUAAAACAAAAGUUGCAGUUGUUCUUGUUUAUAUUUAAAUAUAAAAGGACAUCAAAUAUCUACGUUAAAAAAAUAACAACCAUUACGUUCAUCACGUUGUUAACAUUUAUAAACUUAUUAACUUAUUAAAAUUUUGAACAAACGAUGUAUUGGUUUAGUGUCUUGUCAUUGCCCCAUUGUUAAUAUAUAUUUUAAUAUAUACAUCUAAAAUAUUGUUAUAUGUGUAAUUAUACAUUAAACAGUACGACAAUUUACACAUCACAUCUUAUACUACAUAUUUGACAUUCUUUUUUUUCAGAAAAUAUUUUUAUUUGCAAAGAUUAAUUCAAGUGAAUGUCUAAUUCUAUAGUUUUUUUUCUAAAAUGCAAGUCCAAAUUGCAUUUUGUAAAACAAACAAAAAACAAGUAUUUUCAAAAGAGAUGGAUCAAUCUUAAGCUUUCAGAUACUAUGUUAUCAGAUUUUUUAUACCCCCCAAAACAAAGUUUGGGGGGGGGUAUUCUGGAAUCGGGUUGUCCGUCUGUCCGUCUGUCUGUCUGUCUGUCCGUCUGUCCGUCUGUCCGUCCGUUUUUUUUUGUCCGGGAUUCAUCUUUGUCGUUAUUGAACAAAUCUUUUUCAAACUUUCAGAUAUUAAUGGCCAUGAUGUAAACUUGCGCCUCUGUGAAAUUGGUACGGGUCACAUGACCCUGACCAGAGUUAUCUCCCCUUGAUGUGUUAAAGUAGGCAAAAUAAGCCCUGUCCGGGAUUCAUCUUUGUUAUUAUUCAACAAAUCUUUAUCAAACUUUCAGAAAUUAAUGGCCAUGUUGUAAACUUUCGCCUCUGUGAAUUUGGUACAGGCCACAUGACCCUGACUGGAGUUAUCUCCCCUUGAUGUGUUAAAGUAGGCAAAAUAAGCCCUGUCCGGGAUUCAUCUUUGUUAUUAUUCAACAAAUCUUUAUCAAACUUUCAGAAAUUAAUGGCCAUGUUGUAAACUUUCGCCUCUGUGAAUUUGGUACAGGUCACAUGACCCUGACUGGAGUUAUCUCCCCUUGUAGGCAAAAUUAGCUUUGUCCGGCCUAACUCCAGGGCAAACAACCUAGACAUGGAGGGGUGGGGGGUAUUCGUUAGCCUAUGCUUACAGUUCUAGUUUGAUUUUUUUUUUUAAAUUUUGAUUUUGCUUGCCUUUCAGAACAAAAAUGUUAAUAUUUAAUUACAUAUAGGGUUAUGUUGUAGCUAUUUUCUUUCAAACCAAGCUGCAUGUAGACAAUGGCAUGCUUUCCUUUCCUAUUUGGCAUGCUUUUAAAUACUUUAAUUUGUUUAAUUGAUCAACUCUUCCAAAAAGGCUUCAUUGCUGUUUACUUACUCCUACUCACACAUGCUUCUUUUAUAACUGACCAAACCAUCUUGAUAUGUCUUUAUAUAUGUCAGAAUUGGAAACAUCAAAAUACAGUUUAUGCGAAUAUGUUAACGGUAUAUAGUUUGUUUAAGUAAUACACAUGUAUAAAAAAAUGUUGAGGAAAGGAUGUCUUUUUAGAUAUUGCAAUAAAUUAACCAGAUGCCAUCUUCAAGGUUUUUUUUCUGUAAUUCCUCGUUCUAAAUGUUUCGUCGUUUACAGUCUGAAACAAUUCCAAUUUAGCAAAGUUUGAGUGUGUGCGUGUGAAGCGUUCAUGUUUUUUUUUCGAAAAAAACAACAACAACACUGUACUGAUAAAUUAUGUUGUGACUUCGCUAAUUUCUUCUCUAUGGGAUCGCCAAAAACGGGAAAAAACCACCACCAGAGUUAAAUUUAUAUUUAACUGAGUUCUUUCCAAUAGAUAGUUAAAUUAGCGGAUUGUUUAUGCGUACGGACUAGUAAAAUGACUUAUACAUUAACGAAAACACUGUUAUUGCUGCUUUGAGAACAAUAAUCAAUUAAAUUAACAGAAAGCUCGUGCGAUUCAUUUGACUGGGACUAUUCUUUUAAUGCAAAGUAAAUCAUUACCAACGUGAAAGCAGCGUCUGAUAUGGUUCCGUGGUUUUUUUCUCAAAAGAAUGAUCCAGGAGAUGGCAUCUGUUCAACUGCGCUGAUAGCGUGAUGUAGCUUGUAAAAUAUUGCUCAAACUAUGCGUAUGUAUUAUUAUUGAGCUUUUGUUGAAUACGAUAUGCAUUCUUUUGCAAUAUCAUUAUGUCUUUAAAUGAAUUGAUAGUGUGAUGUAGCUUGUAUUGUUAAGUUCUUGCCCCAAACUAUGCGUUUGUAAUAUCAGUCAGUCUUUCAGGAAUCCGACACACAAAAUAGGAGCUUUCUGAUAGCUUCAUCAAUGCUAAAAUUCAUUUGGAUGGCUUGUGCACCCAUCUUUGUAUGUUUCGAAUCCUAAUUACUUAUCUAUAAAAUGAAUGACUAAAUGUACAUUAUACAUAAAGAUAUAACAGUGUUUAUAUUUGUUCUUUAUUCAAUUGAAAUUAGUAUUAGAAUGACCUACGCAAAAUUUAAAUGCAAAAAAACCCAACUUAACUAUAAUUAUAUUUAUCUUCAAACCUGAUUGGUUUUAUUUUGUUUACUGCACAGAAAACAAUACAAGUCAUCACAAAUAGUAUGGGGUCAGAAGGAAUCCAAAAUCCACAUGCAUUUGUACAGGAUAUCUUCACUGCCUUGAUAACAUGUUGUAGCUUGUAAGUUAUUGCUCAUAACUGCAUAAUUUCUGGGACUCUAUAAAUGCUGUGAUGAUAUAUUUUAGGCUUUAAAAAGCUUUUUUACUCCAACAUGUUUAUGGAUGAAGUGAAUACAAUUGUAAAUUAAUAAGUCGUCUGUAUAAAACAACCAUGUCAAACUAUAUAUGAUCCAAUUAGAGGAAAGGUCAAAAUCAUUUUCAUAAUACGGUCACUGUUUUUAAGAGAUCGUGUUUCAAACUAUUAUCCCAGUUAUAAAUGGCCGUAAAUUAAACGUAUUUCUGAAUAAAUUGUGGA